CUCAUGAUUCAUGAUUUUACCUGCCACGAGAUCUUAUGAGUGGGUGUACACAUUUCUUUAAACCCAUUAAUUAUUAGCUUAGAUUAGUUGGAAAAGCAGAGAGCUUUGUUGCAACUGUUUCUGUCUCUAUUUUUUGCCGCCAGAAUUUGCUCGGAGAGAGUGAGGUUUUCAGAAUAUGAGCGUUAGUUUUCUUCACCUCUACUGUAAUUCUGGCGGAAUGAUUACGAGGACGGAAGACGAGGUCUUCUCUUCUAACUCACAUCGCCAACUAUAAACGUCAUCACCAAUGGCGAGUAGAGGAAUUCUUCAUAGCGAAUUGAAGGAACCGUUACUAGCAACGUUGCGAAAGAGGCAGAUAUAUGCUGAUAUAUUGAGGAGCUGCUCAAAGAAUAAGCUACUUGAGCUAGGAAUUCAGGUUCAUGGCGCUCUACUGACGGUCGGGUUUGGGUUUGAUAUGAUGCUAAGCCAGGACCUGAUAGACAUGUACGGCAAAUGUGGCCAAGUGGUUCGAGCCCGCCAAGUGUUCGACAGAAUGUCUGAAAGAAACCUAGUUUCUUGGACGUCUCUAAUGUGCGUCUACGUACAAAAUGGACGUCCAGAGGAGUCAUUAUCCCUUUUCUCCCAAUUGGGUUCUACUGGGUUGAAGCCAAAUGACUUCACUCUAUCCACAAAUCUUAAAGCUUGUGGAAUGCUCAGUGUUCCCCGGAUUGGUAUGCAAAUUCAUGAUGUUUGUCUGAAAACUGGAUACGAUUUGCAGAUUUUGGUUGCUAACACUAUCCUUGAUAUGUAUUCUAAAUCUGGAAGGAUAGCUGAAGCUACAUGCAUGUUCGAAACAAUGCCAGGCAGAAAUCUGAUCACCUGGAAUGCGAUGAUAUCAGGGUACAAUCUUGCAGGAAAUGGCAGAAAAGCUCUGAUUUUGUUUAGGAAAAUGAAAGAAGAAGGCGAAGUUCAUGAUGAGUUUACACUUACAAGUGUCCUGAAGGCUUGUACUAAGAUUGGUGCGGCCAGAGAAGCAACCCAAAUUCACGCUUCAUUGAUCACCAAUGGAUUCCAGUAUUCUGACAAGGCCAGCGUUGCAGGUUCCUUAAUAGAUUCCUACUCGAAAUGUGGGAAGCUGUUUGAAGCUCGAAGAGUAUUUAAUCAAAUUGACAAGAAACAUGCGAUAUCAUGGAGUGCUUUGAUUCUUGGCUAUGCUCAGGAAGGAAACUUAGCAGAAGUCAUGGACAUUUUUAGGCUGCUGAGGGAAAGUACAAUACAAGUAGAUGAAUAUGCUAUGUCAAGUAUGAUGGCCAUCUUUGCAGAUUUAGCCCUCCUAGAGCAAGGCAGACAGAUUCAUGGCUUUAGCAUUAAAAUACCCUCUGGUUUGCGAAUUUCGGUAUGCAAUUCAGCUCUAGACAUGUACCUCAAAUGUGGGAUGACAGAAGAAGCAGAGAAACUGUUCGAUAAGAUGCCUGCACGAGAUGUUGUUUCCUGGACUGUAAUGAUCACCGGCUAUGGCAAGUAUGGUCUUGGAAAAGAGGCCAUUCAUCUCUUCAACCGAAUGCAAUCACACAACACUAACCCUGAUGAUGUAACCUACUUGGCCAUUCUCUUAGCUUGUAGCCAUUCCGGAUUAGUGGAAGAAGGUCAAGAAUACCUAUCAAAGUUGUGCAGUGAUGAGAGUAUCAAACCUAGGGUUGAGCAUUAUGCUUGUGUAGUUGAUCUUCUUGGGCGCUCUGGACGUUUAGUAGAGGCUAAGAAUCUCAUCUCUUCAAUGCCAGUAAAACCCAACGUGGGUAUAUGGCAAGCCUUGCUUAGUGCUUGCAGGGUUCAUGGAGAUAUUGACAUGGGAAGAGAAGUUGGCGACGUUGUUCUUAAAAUGGAUGGAGAAAACCCAGUGAAUUAUGUCAUGCUGUCAAACAUGUUUGCCAAUGCCGGGUACUGGGAAGAGUGCCAGCAGCUCAGAGAAAUGGUGGCCUCAAAAAAGUUGAAGAAAGACGCUGGACGGAGUUGGGUUGAGAUCGACAAAGAAAUCCACUUCUUCUAUGGUGGGGAUGACAUACACCCUCAAGCACAGCAUAUACAUGGGGUACUGGAGGAAAUGGGAAAAAGAAUGAAACAAGAGUUGGGGUAUGUAAACGAAGCUAAACAUGCAUUAUACGAUGUUGACGAAGAAUCGAAGCAGGACAACCUUAUGGUUCAUAGCGAGAAGUUGGCAAUUGGGUUAGCUUUGGUUCGUGGAGGGUGGGAGAAGAAGACCAGGGUGAUUAGGGUGUUCAAGAACUUGAGAGUUUGUGUUGAUUGCCAUGAGUUCAUCAAAGGGUUAUCGAGGAUUUUGCAAAUGGUGUUCGUGGUAAGAGAUGCUAAUAGGUUUCACAGGUUUGAGAAUGGAUUGUGUUCUUGCAACGACUAUUGGUGACUUACUAUACCUUGUCAAUGAGUUUCUGCAAUUCUGGCAGAAACACAUAAGUUUUGAUUUAUUAAUGCAGCCUGGAAAACGCUUGCUUAGUGCUUUCCGAGUUCAUGGAGAUAUCGAUGGAUGGAGAAAGCCUAGUGACUUAUGUCAUGCUGUCGAACAUGUCUGCCAAUGCUGGGUACUGGGAAGAAUGCCAGCAGUUCAGAGAAAUGAUGAGUUGGUGACCUGAAAAAAGCUGAAGAAGGACGCUGGACGGAGUUGGGUUGAGAUCGAGAAGGAAAUCCACUUCUAUGGUGGAGUUACAGAGUAUGGAAUAAGAUAUAGCCGAACCUUCUCCCAACAACUCGAGUUAUUGGGAGCAACUGAUUUUUGACAUAGUAUCAGAGCCUAGAACCGAAAGUUCAUGUGUUCGAAUCUCCACGAUCCCCAAUAUUAACAGUUUAUUAAAGCACAAGGUAUGGUGGGCCUGUGCAAACUUCAAGCUCAUGGAUUGACUUUCGUUUUAAGGGGCGUGUUAGAGUAUGGUAUAAGAUCAAGCAGAACCUUCUCCCAACAACUCGAAUUAUUGGAAGCAACGGGUUCUUGACAACCUCAAUUGUGAGUCCUAUUACCCUUACCUAUUUUUGUAGAAAUUUUGGAGGAUUGUAGAAUACUGAGAAGCCUGGAUUUGGCCUUGUAAAACAUGCAAUGAAAAAAAGUAGCAGUACAAUGAGUGAAUUGCUUGUCGAAUAGUGCUAACUAUUAAACGGCAUAAAACCAA